GAUCCUCCAUAAAUGAACAGAGCGAUCAUCGGUCACAGCAAUUCGAGCCCGUCUCUGUCUCACAUUUAUCAUAGAAUCACAUGGGAUGAGGUGCACCUGCCACACCUCGGCUCUCCAAGACACAGGAGGGAAACAAUCGCAGACAGACCUUCUCUACGGACGUCCGUAAAUCUCUAAUAGCCCGCCAGCGCAAGUGCCAGCCGCAGGGAUAUCCCGUCAACAUAUCCCCUGAACAAUACACACGAACGUCGACUAGAAUCAUCUUCACGCGGCUGACGACCCAAACUUUAUGAAGGUCAGCCCGGCCUGUCAGCCAGCCCUGCCAAUGGUUUAAGAACCCGCACAGCACCGCAACUCCUCCUCACCCCCCAACCGCCAUCUUCUCCGUACCUCCGUGGGUUAUCCUCAUCAUCUCGACUUCGUAUGCGGGUCGGGCUGUCGCCCCU